AUGAAUUCAACUACUAAAAAUUCAUCAUCAUCAUCAUCAUCAUCAUCAUCAUCAUCAUCAUCAUCAUCAUCAUCAUCAUCAUCAUCAUCAUCAUCAUCAUCAUCAUCAUCAUCAUCAUCAUCAUCAUCAUCAUCAUCAUCAUCAUCAUCAUCAUCAUCAUCAUCAUCAUCAUCAUCAUCAUCAUCAUCAUCAUCAUCAUCAUCAUCAUCAUCAUCAUCAUCAUCAUCAUCAUCAUCAUCAUCAUCAUCAUCAUCAUCAUCAUCAUCAUCAUCAUCAUCAUCAUCAUCAUCAUCAUCAUCAUCAUCAUCAUCAUCAUCAUCAUCAUCAUCAUCAUCAUCAUCAUCAUCAUCAUCAUCAUCAUCAUCAUCAUCAUCAUCAUCAUCAUCAUCAUCAUCAUCAUCAUCAUCAUCAUCAUCAUCAUCAUCAUCAUCAUCAUCAUCAUCAUCAUCAUCAUCAUCAUCAUCAUCAUCAUCAUCAUCAUCAUCAUCAUCAUCAUCAUCAUCAUCAUCAUCAUCAUCAUCAUCAUCAUCAUCAUCAUCAUCAUCAUCAUCAUCAUCAUCAUCAUCAUCAUCAUCAUCAUCAUCAUCAUCAUCAUCAUCAUCAUCAUCAUCAUCGUUACCAUGUGUUUUUGUCAGCAAACUCUUUUCUAAUAAAUAG